GCCCGUGGCGUUUGUUUCCCCUGGCAAGAAGCGCUGCUUCCCGACCCGCUGCGUUUUGUGUGCGCGCAAGCGGGAGUGACUCGGCGACAAGGCGUGAGCUCAGAGUGGGCUGCGAGUGAGGGGAAGGCGGCGGCGGCGGCGGCGGCGGCGGCAACAACACUAUGAGCGGGGCUGGGGCGGCGGCCAGCGUGGCUGCCGCUUCUCUUCUGGUGGGGAAGAGCGAGAAACUGGACGAGGCUCAAGCGCUGGCCCGCAGCUGCGCUGGAAGACCCGACUUCCAGCCUUGCGAUGGGCUGUCGCUGUGCGCCACACACAGUCACGGCCGCUGCUUCCGUCUGCACUGGUGCUGCCAUCUGGGCUGGUGCCAUUGUAAAUAUGUUUAUCAGCCUAUGACUCCAGUAGAACAGCUUCCAAGUACUGAAAUACCUGUUCGGCCUCGAGGAACCAUAAAUACUAUUCAGAUAGCUGUCUCUCUCACAGAACACUUUUUGAAGUUUGCACCUGUCUUCCAAGCACCAUUACCACCAGACUCCCCACGGUUUUGCACAAUUUCAGACCUCUUUAUUGACAAUUACCGUGUAAAAUGCAUCAAUGGGAAGAUGUGUUAUGUGCAGAGGCAACCUCCUGCUCUCUCCUAUAAGAUGAAGCCCCAGGAGGUCCCCACACGCAAUGCCUUAAUUUUGAGAGAGAAUAACACACCAAAAAUAGAUCAUUGCUCAUCCCCUUCCAGUUCUGAGGAUUCUGGGAUCAAUGCUGUUGGGGCUCAUUAUGUAGAGUCAUGUGAUGAAGACACAGAAGAAGGAGCAGAGCUAAGUUCAGAAGAGGAUUAUAGUCCAGACAGUAGCUGGGAGCCAGAUGAGUGUCCCCUUCUAUCACCCUCACAGUGUGAACUAGAAGUAAUUGAAACCAUAGAAACCACAGUGUGAAAUUUUGAGCUGGGAGCUAGCUAGGCAUAUUAAAAUAACACUGGUUUUCUAACAUUUAUACUGGCAUUUUUGACAGGUCCUUUUUUGCAGUGUACUUGAUAUCCCCCAAGGAACACAGUGACAAUAUUUAACCAUCUGUGAAUUAAUUCCUUGAUACUCAUUCUACCAAUGAAUUUCCAGGAACCCUGCUGUAUAGCUCAAAAGAUACCAGAAUUGGUAUCUUUAGUUACAGACUAACCCUCAUCGUCAUGAAGAUCAGCUAAAUUGCAAUGGUCACAGGUUAUCUUAUAAGCAAGUGAUUUUCAGACUUUGGUCUUAGCACAAAAUCUGGAUUCCAACAUGAUACAAACACACACUUUUCCCAAGAAGGACAUUUGUGUGUUUGCAGGCAUUCUGUUAUUAUCAAUCAGUCCAAUUUUAUUAUGGUCAUAGACUGCAUAACUAUUAUGUAUGGUAUUAUGUAUGGUAGUCUAGGGAUUAAGAGUAUCAGUGGCUUACACCACGUCCUACAAUCUUUUCAGGUAACCUGUGGUAUAUACAUACCACUGAUUAAGAACCCUCUUUGAAAUUAUCUACUCUGAAAUAAGCAAUUGGUUGGGGAUUUCUCAUUUGGAAUAAGGAUUUAGCCUUUUGUGCAUUUGCUGAAUAUCAAUAGGAGGUUAGCCAUACCUUUGAUGAGCAGAGCUAAAUCCGUAAGCAAACAAUCUUAAACUAUGUGUAUUAUUUUAUGUAGGAGACAAGAAGCCAUGACUCUCCCCACUAGCUCAGAUGUUAGGUACAUCUUUCUAAAUGACCUGCAUACACUAACUUCUUUU